AGGGGAGGGGUGAGGGAGUGUCCGCUCGGGGGAGGGGAGGGCGUCAGUCAGUUCCCUUUGGGUUGGGAGGUGGUGCGAGGCUGAGCCGCUGCUGGGGCUGGAGGUCGAGAUGCCGCUGGUGAACAGUUUGGUGCCGUCGCGUUUCCUCACGAUUCUCGCUCACCUCGUCAUCGUCCUCACCAUCCUCUUCUCCAGGGACACCAAUGUGAUUGCCAGUCUCCCCCCAGACUACGAGGGAAGCCAGUUUUACAGCCAAGAUGCUGAGUUCAUCGUGGCGAUCACACUGACACUGGUGGCAUUUCUGAUCGAGUUGAGUGGCUUCUUCUCAGGAGUCUCCAUGUUCAACAACACACAGAGUCUCCUGUCUGUGGCCGCUCACUGCAGUGCCUGUAUCAGCCUCUCCCUUUUCCUGUCCCAGCAGUGGGAAUGCUGGGCAUUUUGGUACAUCUUUGGCUUCUGCAGCGCUUUACCAGCCCUCGUCGAGCUCGUCCUGAUCCUGACCAUUCUUAGAUUGGGGAAGAAGCCACUGUAGGCGCCUCAGCCAUUGGGGAGCAAGAGAGACGGGGAGUGAGAGAGACGGGGAGCGAGAGAGCAUGAACAUCUCAUCCGAAGGAUAGCGUCUCUGACAUUGCAGCGUGCGCUGAGCUCGGAGUCCCUGAUGUGUGUGGGGGAGCGUGCGGGGGCUUGAACCCACAACCUCUGGACGCUGAGCCAAGCCCACCUGAAAGGCACCGAGUAAAUGCCGGUGUGAGAAUCGCCAUCGGUGUCGUUGUGAAUAAUUAAAUGAAUUUCUUCGCAA